CCGAGCUGUUAAACCCGCUGUCAAACUGUGCGGACAAGCGCCAGAGAGACAUCCACACAAAUCCAAACAGCUGCAGCUCGCUGUCAUAUAAGAUGCGCUGGAGACACAGAGCCGAAACGUUAUACGGGAGAUCGUUCCGUCAGGCUGCAUGAGAGCAGAACCGCCGCUAAACGCGUAGAGGAUUUUUGUGCCAGUUUCUGCGCGCGCUUUGCACGUGGGGAUGUUGCGAUGGCAUGCACGAGGAGAACCAAAACUUUGGUGUCCACGUGCGUGAUUUUAAGCGGCAUGACCAAUAUUCUGUGCCUGCUGUACGUCGGGUGGAUCACCAAUUAUGUGUCUAACAACGGCAACGUCAAAGUUGCAGGAAGGACGCACGAGAAAAAGUUUGACGAUGACAGCAAAGGGGAAACCUUGAGGAUUAUUGAAAGACUGGACAGACUGGAGAGUGUUGUAAAUCAGCACAUCCAAGAGAAGCCACAGUCAGAUAUCGAGGACUCCGCUGACCUGUCACUCUCAGAGACUUUGUUUGCACACUGGGGUCAUGAGCUGGGGCCCGAGAGCCGAAAGGUGGCCCUCAGAAAGUUCCAGUACUACGGCUACAAUGCCUACCUCAGUGACAGACUCUCUCUGGACAGAGCCGUGCCAGACCUCAGACCUGACGGCUGCAGAAACAUCUCAUACCCAUCAGGUAUGCCUCAGGUCAGCAUCAUCUUCAUCUUUGUGAAUGAGGCUCUGUCUGUGAUCCUGCGCUCUGUUCAUUCAGUGAUUCAGAGGACACCCGCUCACCUGCUGAAGGAGAUCAUCCUCGUGGAUGACCACAGCAACAACGCAGAACUGUUGGAGAAUCUUCAGAGGUUUGUGGACGAGACCAAUCAGCAGCGGCGUGACUUCAUUAAAGUGGUCCGCCAUGAGAAGCAGGAGGGAUUGAUUCGCUCUCGGGUCAGUGGAUGGAGAGCUGCAAGUGCCCCAAUCGUCGCCCUGUUUGAUGCACAUGUUGAGUUCAGCAUUGGCUGGGCUGAACCAAUUCUUCACCGCAUCCAAGAGGACCGAACACGGGUCAUCUCGCCAUCAUUUGACAACAUUAAAUACGACACGUUUGAGAUUGAAGAGUAUCCGCUCUCUGCUCAAGGGUUCGACUGGGAACUGUGGUGCCGUUAUCUAAACCCUCCCAAAUCGUGGUGGAUGCAGAAGAACCAGACUGCCCCAAUCAGAAGUCCUGCUCUGAUCGGCUGCUUUGUAGUGGAUAGGGAGUAUUUUGAGGAGAUUGGCUUGCUGGAUGAAGGGAUGGAAGUUUACGGCGGGGAGAACGUGGAGCUGGGGAUCAGGGUUUGGUUGUGUGGAGGAAGUGUGGAGGUCAUACCCUGCUCCAGAAUAGCUCAUAUUGAACGCGCACACAAGCCCUACACAGAGGAUCUGGCAACCCAUGUGCGCAGGAACGCUCUGAGGGUGGCUGAGGUGUGGAUGGAUGAGUUCAAGAGCCACGUUUACAUGGCCUGGAACAUUCCUCAACAGGUCUCUGGGAUUGAUAUCGGUGAUAUCAAAGAACGAAAAGCUCUCAGAGAAAGACUACGCUGUAAACCCUUCAGCUGGUUCCUUAACAAUAUUUACCCUGAGAUGAGAACCUACAUGGACACCAUCGCUUAUGGGGUACUGAGGAACAGCCUGAGGCCGGAUCUUUGUGUGGAUCAAGGUCCCGACUCUGACAACAUUCCCAUCCUGUACAUUUGCCAUGGCCUGACGCCUCAGAAUGUGUACUUCACAAGCUCUCAACAGUUGCAUGUCGGAGGAUUGAGUCCAACAAUUGAUGAUGAUGACAACAAGUGCCUGGUGGACGUGAACGGCCGACCACGACUCCUGGAAUGCAGCUACGCCAACAACAAACACAUGAAACUCUCCUGGCUUUUCACUCAGGGAGGCUCCAUUCAGAACAGGAAGUCGAAACGUUGUUUGGAAUUGGUGGAAAGCGCAGAAGUGGAUCAUGGAUAUCAGCUGGUCCUUCAAAAGUGUAGCAAUCAGAAAUGGACAAUCACCCACAUAUUGCCUGGGAAAGUUUUAUAGAACAUAUGGAACAUAUCACUGGACUCACAGUAAACUCUGAUAUGGUGGCACAUAUUGGAUCAUCAGAUUUGAGGAGAGAAUGCUGUUCUCAGUUAUUUAUAACACUGUAAAACAUCGUAUCGUCUUGUGUCGGACCUCAGAGACAUCAUACGACAGACAUCAGGCAUCUCCUUUAUUACAUUUUAGCCUAAAGAGAUGAUUGGUUUACAAACACUCAUGCUUAAAGAGACAGUUCUCCUAAAAACAGAUUCUAUUGAACAAUGGAAAGUCAUUGAUCAACACAAUGGUGAGUAAAUGAUGACAGAGUUUUCAUUUUAUUUUGAUGAACUUUUCCUUCAAGUGUUCUGCUGUGUUUAAGAAUUGUGUCAUUUUGCUACUGUGUAGCAGUUUGUUUUUCAUUUCCUCAGGUUUGUGAAUGAUUAUUUGAUGUACAAAAAUAUUUUAUAAAUGUAAA